GAUCAAAAUGCCUCGAUUAUCCUAGAAUGCAGUGAGGUGUCGUAUAUCGUAUAAAAAUCUCUCGUACGCACGCACGGGAGUUCCCGUUCAAACGUUUCAACUGUUGCGCGUCCGACCAACACGGAUUCACUCGCCGAUCGAAUUAAUCUAUGCAAAAACCAAACGAUCGAUAACGAGUAAUAAAGCCAGUAUACGAGCGUCGUUGCCUCGCCUUUCAAUUAGUUCAGCGACCUACAGCCGCACACCUGACCCAGACAAGACUAUUCAUUCACUCUUGUGUGCUUUGUGACAGGUUAAUCUCGCUGGUCGAUGAUCCAUUGAGGACCAAGAGGAAACUACGUUCUACGUUCAACGCAGUUCAACGUCGCCCAAGGGAUGAACGAUCUCGUUUCUACCAUUUCUACCGCGGCUGCGUUACCGCAUUGAGGGCUGCGGAUUCUUGCGCGCAACACCCAUAUGUGUGUGUAUGUGCGUAUGUAUGCGCGUCGUAAAUAGAGAUCAUAUGAUCGCGCGAAGGAGUCGUCGGAUCCUCGGAUCGAGCCGAUUCGCUCAGCGGGAAUGAGCGCGAUGCCGUCGCCGACGAACGGGCGCGAUCGUGCCUGAGGAAGCGCAGCGAUUGUCCGGCAGCUCUGCGCCUCCACAGGCGGCGGUACAGCAACACACCACCACCACAUGAACGGGCAAUUCGUCUUCGUCGUCUGCCGCGCGUCCUACGAUUCUGCAGUAGACGUAACUCUCUGACGCGUCAUGGCGAGCACAGCCGAGAACAUUACCUGCGGCGGCUUCGUGUUUCUCAAUAACUUUGACUCGGCUAAUCUGGCCAAGGUGGAAGCAGUGAGGAUCCCGGAGACCUUUGAGAAAGAUGUUUACGAGAUUGAAGGCAAACCGACCAAUAGCUCAAAUUCCAAAGACACGUUGGAUUACGAGUUCAACCUGUGGACGAAGCACGAUUGUCACGGCACGCAAUUCCAAAACAACAAUAGAACCUGGUUUUAUUUCGGUGUCAAGUCUAGUCGGCCGAGUGUCCCGGUCAGAUUUAACGUAGUCAAUCUGAACAAGCAAGCCAAGAUGUUUAGCCAAGGGAUGUGUCCGGUCUUUAAGAUUGUGCCGGGACACCUGCACUGGGAGCGGAUUCGCGAAAAGCCAACAUACACUCUUGACCAGAGAGGGAACGACUUUGCUUUAUCGUUCCUCUAUUACACUCCAGAAAAUUCAAAAGCCGUUACUUAUUUUGCCUUCACCUAUCCAUUCUCAUAUACAGAUUUGCAAAAUUAUUUGAGAAGGAUCGAUGCGAGAAUGGGAAAGAGGAGUGUAAUGUCUGCGGAUGACAUCUAUUAUCAUAGAGAAUGUGCAAUAAAAUCACUGGAGGAUCGUAGAUUAGAUGUAUUAACAAUAAGCUCCUAUCACAACAUAUCAACGGAGAGAGAAGAUAGACUGAAUAAUAUGUUCCCUGAGGAAAGUGAGGAGAGGCCUUAUAAAUUUCGGGACAAGAAGGUAAUUUUUAUUAGCGCCAGAGUCCAUCCAGGUGAAACACCAUCUAGCUUCGUUCUAAAUGGUUUCCUCAAUUUUUUAUUAAGUCGGGAAGAUCAGAUUGCUAUAAAUUUACGUCGCCUAUACGUGUUCAAAUUGAUACCGAUGCUCAACCCAGAUGGUGUUGCCAAAGGCCAUUAUCGAAUGGACACUAAGGGAAUAAAUUUGAAUAGAGUUUAUCUAAAUCCUUCUGAAGUAGAUCAUCCUACGAUAUAUGCCGCAAAAAACUUAAUACAAUAUUAUCACAAUUCUUAUCAACUACCGAGCGAACUAACUGACCUAUCGAAUAUAAAUUUAGAAAUUAUGGACAGCAAUGUAAGCAUUAUAAAUUCGACUGCUUCGAUAGCAAACGCUGUACGUGACACAACCACAAGACUGUUGCAACAAGUAACAUUUAUGUCAUUAGAUGAGAAGAACAGGUGUGCUCUAGAUACUAACAAAAAACAUUUGUUGACGUUAGAGCAUUUGGACAGCGCAGCUAUUGAUAAAAGCGAGGAUCUAUCUAAACAAGGUAAAAAUGAUACCGCUACAGAACUCGGAACGAAUGACAAACUAACUGGUACGACCGUCGGUGUAAACGAGACAUCAAAAUCCUCAGAUAAUUCUGGGUUAUAUCUGUAUAUCGAUCUUCACGGCCAUGCCUCGAAGAAAGGCGUUUUCAUGUAUGGAAAUCACUUUACUGACCCAGAAGAUACUAUCGCAUGCAUGCUGCUACCCAAAGUGAUGUCUAUCAACAAUCCAAACUUUCAUUUCACGUCGUGCAAUUUUGCGGAACGAAAUAUGUAUAUUAUAGACAAACGAGACGGUAUGUCCAGAGAAGGCUCGGGACGCGUGGCAGUGUAUAAGAUGACUGGUCUAAUACGCAGCUAUACUCUAGAGUGUAAUUACAACUCUGGCCGUUUGGUGAAUAUGAUACCCGCUAGAAUUCGCGAUGGGGUGAAUAAAACUAUGAAUCACAUGUUCGUUCCACCGAAAUAUACGCCGGCAGUGUUUGAGGCGGUUGGCGCAGCAUUAGGUCCUUCCAUUCUCGAUCUCACUGGGAACAAUCCCAACAGCCGAUUGCCAAAUAGCCAAUAUCGCUCUUUAAGGGGAGUAAAAUCUCACUUGAAAUUAACAUACGUGAGCAAUAUCUCUGCACCGCCCAGCAAGUCAGUGCGUAAGGAUAACGAAGCAGGUGAUAACGUUGCGCGGAGCAGCGGCAUCCUGAAGGAAUUAGAAACGAGAUUAAACGACGCGGUGACGGGGGCGAGGAAUGCGAUAAGGAGCGAGGGCAACCUGGUGAAGAAGUGCAUCCUUCGUCGCGGCGCCUCCUUUUACACGGCGGUGAAGAGGAUCAAGAGCUGUAAGAAACCCCGGCAGACGCUCGCGCGUCGCGCUUUGAAGAACCAUUGUGCCAACAACGUGGAGAACAGCGCGAUAAUCUGCGCGAUCAAGUCCGAAGUGGAGGCGAAGCCGUUUAUGAAGACGAUCGAUCGCUAUCGAUCGAACAGAUCCAAGGUCGACGCGGGGACGGCGAUCGGCGGCGACAACCUCGAGGAGCCGCGUUCAAACGCGAGUAAGAAGCCAAAGGCGGCGAACAGUUCGACGAAGACGCGCGUUUCCUCCGAGGAAACGACGGCGGUGAGGCACGGCGCGAAGAGACUGAAACUCAUCUCGUCUAUGAGAACGUCCAAGCCUCAUCCCGAGGUCGGUGAAUCGUCCGGUGCGGCGGAGGAGACUGGCGCAAAGGUAUCCCCGAAGGUGCCGCGUGCCUGCGACAAGCAGAACGUUCAAGGGGCGCACGAUAGAGCCAGGGUCGCUGCAGGAAAGCCGAGCGAGUCUUCCAAACUGAAAAAAAUUAACAAGACUGCUGUUAAGAGUUCCGUGCUCGAGGAGAGCGCGAAGCAAAAUCCUAAAUGAGCUCAGCUAGGACACUUAAGAACGAAUUAUUAACCCGAGAGAAAAUACAGAAAAUCAAUCAAUGCCAUUGACUUCCUGUAUUUCUUCUUUACCGAAAGAUAUUUUGCAUAUAUUGUAAUAUAUACAGGACGACCAGUGAGAUAUAAUCAACGGGAAGACGGGCGAAAACGAAUAAAAGUAUUUACGUGGCAAAUUUUAUACAUCCUGCGUAUAAUGUGCAAUGAAAUGUUAAGUUAUUUAUAUUAUUUGGCGAUGCAACAUGGACGCAUGGGUAUUUCUAUCGUUUCAUACGCCGUUUCUAAUUUUUCACAAAGUGAUAUGUUGCCUCUUCGCAUUCGAAGGGUGAAAUCUAAGUCAUAAUGAAAUGUAUAUAUCACGUUACUAUGUAUAUAUUUAUUACAUAUUAGGCGUAUAUAUACCGUUUUUUAAAUACACCGAUAUUUAUUAUUUACGUAGAAUUUUACUUUAAUCUUUGCAAUUAACGUUUAAUUAUCUUGGAAACUAGCGCUCGUCUCAAAAAUAUUAUAUUUUUAGUUAAAGUUACUGCGUUCUACCGUCAGUAAAACUAUAUAAUGAUCUAAACGAGAUCUCUAUAAAUCUAGUAAUCUUUUUUUUUUUAAUAGAGAUAUAUCUUUGUUUAAACUUACGUUUUCUUCUGAACAAUAGUUUCGGAGAUAAUCGCAUAGCGAGAUAAACGUCCUGUAUAUUAGAUUAGUAUUGUGUUAUAUGAAUAUAUAAAUGUUUUUCUCUCUAUUUGCCAUCUCGUGAUGGUUCGCACAUAUAAAAGUAGAAGCUGUUAUGUUAUUUACGUGCGAAAAUUUGUUGGCGAAAUAAAUGAUAACAUAUAUAUACCAAUAAC